UCCAGAUGAAAUCAUCGAAACACUCUUUUUUCACUUUUGAGAAGAAGAGACAGUUGGCCCACAUGACAGCAAAUAACUACUGAUUAACUUUCCAUUUAAACUGUUUAUUUUGUAUAAUGGCAUGAAAGAGAAUUUCAAACACAGGCACGUGGUGGGGUUCAUUAGCAGUCAGGAAGCUCAGUGAAGAUUCAAGAGAGGAAGAAGACCGACUGGAGUCUCGGUUUUACUUUCUUUUUCUCUUGGAGCUGAGCUAUAAGACAACAGGACUGAACAGGGAGCCAACUGUUUCUUUGAACAGUAAAUCAGGAACACCAAUGGACCAAAAUGAACACAGUCACUGGGGACCACAUGCAAAGGGCCAAUGUGCCAGCAGAUCUGAGCUGAGAAUCAUCCUGGUGGGCAAAACAGGAACUGGCAAAAGUGCUGCAGGGAACAGCAUCCUCAGGAAGCAAGCAUUUGAAUCGAAGCUGGGUUCCCAGACCUUGACUAAGACUUGCAGCAAAAGUCAGGGAAGCUGGGGAAAUAGAGAGAUUGCCAUUAUUGACACACCAGAUAUGUUUUCUUGGAAGGACCACUGUGAAGCUCUGUACAAAGAGGUGCAGAGGUGCUACUUGCUCUCUGCACCAGGACCCCAUGUGCUGCUCCUGGUGACUCAGCUGGGCCGCUAUACCUCACAGGACCAGCAGGCUGCACAGAGGGUGAAGGAGAUCUUUGGAGAGGAUGCCAUGGGACACACAAUUGUGCUCUUUACCCACAAGGAAGACCUCAAUGGUGGCUCCCUGACGGAUUACAUGCGCGACUCAGAUAACAAAGCCCUAAGCAAGCUGGUGGCAGCAUGUGGUGGGCGAAUCUGUGCCUUUAAUAACCGUGCUGAAGGGAGCAAUCAGGAUGACCAAGUGAAGGAACUAAUGGACUGUAUUGAGGAUCUGUUGAUGGAGAAAAAUGGUGAUCACUAUACCAAUGGGCUGUACAGCCUAAUACAGAGGUCUAAAUGUGGACCUGUGGGAUCAGAUGAAAGAGUAAAAGAAUUCAAACAGAGCCUUAUAAAGUACAUGGAAACUCAAAGAAGUUACACAGCCUUGGCUGAAGCAAAUUGCCUAAAAAGAGCCCUAAUCAAAACACAACUGUGUGUUUUAUUUUGUAUUCAGUUGUUUCUCAGAUUGAUAAUUCUGUGGCUUUGCAUACUGCACAGCAUGUGCAAUUUGUUUUGUUGCUUACUCUUUAGUAUGUGCAAUUUAUUCUGCAGUUUGCUGUUUAUUAUACCCAAAAAGUUAAUGAUAUUUUUGAGAACAGUUAUUAGACUAGAACGCAAGACCCCUAGGUUAUAGUUACAGAUCCCAGUUAUUAUUUACUCACUAUCAUUUAGUGGGUGAAUCACAGUAAUUUCCCUGUAAAAUGUGGUACCUGAAGUCAUAUUUGAGAUUCUAUGAAAUGUUUAAAUCUUAACAUCACUCCAAUUAUUAAUGAACCAAAUCAUACGAUAAGUUACUGUUUGCAUUGAAAUAUAAUAUCAAAGCCUUUUGAAAUCUGUAAACAUAAAAUUCCUCUCAUUUUCAAAUAUCUAAAGCCAGUUUUAUGUUCCUAAAAUCUCAUUUUCUUCUUUCUAGUACUACUAUUUCUACUGAAUAUAAUGAAAAUGGCAAUAAAAUAAUAUUACAUAAACUGUAAA